AUGCUGCCCAUGGAAGCCGGGCCAAGCUCCGAUGAGGAGGAGACGGUCGUCCUCUCCGAUUGGAAGAUGGCGGAGGAGGAAGAGGAGGAGGAGACCGACGUCUUCACCGAUUGGGCGAUGGAGGAGGCCGCCGUCUUCCCCGACUGGGCGAUGCUGGAUCGCAUGGGCUGCACCCGCUGCCACAAGGACCUAGACGCCGCUCGUCUGGUCGUCAGCAAGAACAAGACCGCCGCUCGACUCCGCAUUGACCGCGGCUGCUCCUGCUACGUGUCCUUCACCCUCGCGGCUCCACAAGGGGUCUCCUACCUCAACCUCCACUGGCCGGUGGGAGAAGGCUCCGACGCCGUCUAUGCCCUGCUCCGGGCAACCGACAAGGACCUCGUCCUCUUCGACAUCUACGACCCGAGCCGGCUUCCCUACUUGCGCGCGCCGGCAGCUCUGUUCGUCUACACGGCCGCCGGCCCUUCCCCAUCGGUGCAGCGGCUCCCUAUGUACGCCAAGGAUAGGAAAUGGCGGCAUUUCCUGAAGGGUAAAUUCACCACGGGCAUCCUGCGGCUCCCGGAGAAGCGCUUCAUCGUCGCCGACCUCUGUGUCCUGGAUGGCGCACUCUGCGUCUUCAACUCCUCCUCCGAGGCCAAAGACUGGAAGGUCAUCUCCAUUACGCCUGGCCUGAUACGUUGGCACACGCCGGAGCAGAACAAGAGCAGCAGUGGUCAGCUCCCCAACCAAUGGUCAACUGACGAUGCGCUCGCUUUCGACGGUCGUUUCCUCUGCUGGGUUGACUACUUCAGCGGUGUCCUGCUAUCUGACUUCUCUUCCACUAUCGGUUCUCCGACGCUCCACUUCGUACCUUUCCCUGGAGAGAAGGAAUACCCUGCAGAGGUACGGGUCCCAAGGGAGUUCCCGGGGAGGUUCCGGAACGUGUCCAUCAGCCAAGGCAAGAUGCGCUUUGUCCACAUUGACAAUGACUUCCAUGAGACAAUCGAGGAUGACUGGCCAUGGCGUCAGCUUCCCGAGAGAAGAAGCCAAGGGCAGCAGCAUCAGGGUUCCCAAAAAAUCACCAUAUGGACUUUGAACUCCGACAAGUUCAAGUGGGAGCAACAUGGCGUGAUCAACCUGGAUUGUCUAUGGGCGCAACGUGGUUACGAAGCUCUGGGCAUACGGCAGCGUCUUCCCGAGUUCCCAAUCGUCAGCGUCGAGGACCCAGAUGUUCUUUGCUGCUUGUUAAGGGAGGAGGAAUUUAAUGUCAAGGGGUGGAUGAUCAUGGUUGACAUGAAGCAUGCCUAUAUGCGGUCAUGUACUCCAUAUAUCAAUCGACAUUCCUACUGUGCUAAGUGUGCGGAUGUGGGUUGUGCUGAGUGUGUGGAUGCCAGAAACGAUUUUCCUAAUACGCUCCUACUUCCAACUGUCUUCUCCAAACACCUUGAAAGGCCAACAGGUAGCUAG